AUGGCUCGGCCGGUGUUCGACUCCAAGUACCCGGCAAGCCACGUGCCACGUCAGCUGCAGGCGGCGCUGGUGGUGUCGGUGGUGGUGAUGCUCGCCGUGCUCACCAUGCACAACGCCAACAUGACCGCGCGCUCGUACGCGAUACAAGAGGACUUGAAUCGCACCACCGCGUUCGAGCAGCUGCUCGACCGACGCUUCCAGGAGAUUUCCGUUCUGUUCCAGGAGAGCAUAGCCAAAUCCGGCACAGCGCACGCGGACUCCGACCCCUCCGCGCUCACAGGGGCCUCCGCCAACCCCAACAGCGUCCUGCGCCUGUCCCACAGGGGCCCUCGCCGCCUGUGCACGUACACGGAAAGCGAGCUGCGCGCCAUCCUCGCGCUGCGCCACUGCUGUGGGUGGAAGUGCAACCGGUACUUCUAUGGCGGUGCAUGGAUCGACUGGAAGACGCUGGAUGAGGAGUUUCAGAAGGGGCACGCGCGGGUGCGGGAGGAGGAGGAGGCGGAGUGCGUGCUGGCGUGCAAGCAGCAUGAGAACCUGGGGUGCAGCAAGGAGCAGCCAUGCGUUAAUGGGUACUACCUGCGCCGCAACACCACUGACACGCUGGUGGUGCGGCAGGCAUACGAGUGGGGAGAGCAGAACUUCCUCAAGCCGCAUUUCCACUUUGACUCCAUUCUUGACGCCGGGGCCAACAUCGGCCUCACCUCCGUGCUCUUCGCCACCAUGUACCCCAAGGCAACGAUCAUCAGUGUGGAGGCGUCGUCUCGCAACUUCCGCUCGCUCAAGCUCAACACACAGCCCUUCCCCAACGUCAUCGCUGUCAACGCUGCCCUGUGGCCGCGCGUCGCCUCCCUCUCGCUCACUCUCGGGCAGAGGAACCCAGAGCUGCCACCCGAGUGGGCCUUCAUGGUCAAAGAGACCCGCGAUCUCGAGCCCGGGCAGGUUGUGGAGGACUCCCUUCUCGGCGUGACCGUGCCAUUCCUCCUCAAAGUUUUCGGGCUGCCCGGAUUCGACUUCCUCAAGAUCGACAUCGAGGGCAGCGAGGGCGAAAUUUUCCGUGAGGACCGGGAGACGGAUCUGGGGUGGGUGAACGAGUCGAAGCUGGCAGCACUGGAGCUUCAUGGGGACAUGGUGCCUGGAUCGAAUGUGACUGUAUUGAAUUUCUUCAACAGCCGCAGCAAUUUCCACCGUAAGAAGGAUUGGUCGGGGGAGUACGAGGCAGGCAUGGGUGGGGAAGAGCGCACUCACGGGGGGAAGAGCGCACUCACGGGGGGAAGAGCGCACUCACGGGGGGAAGAGCGCACUCACGGGGGGAAGAGCGCACUCACGGGGGGAAGAGCGCACUCACGGGGGGAAGAGCGCACUCACGGAGGGAAGAGCGCACUCACGGAGGGAAGAGCGCACUCACGGGGGAAGAGCGCACUCACGGGGGGAGCGCACUCACGGGGGGAAGAGCGCACUCACGGGGGGAAGAGCGCACUCACGGGGGGAAGAGCGCACUCACGGGGGGAAGAGCGCACUCACGGGGGGAAGAGCGCACUCACGGGGGAAAGAGUGCACUCACGGGGGGAAGAGCGCACUCACGGGGGGAAGAGCGCACUCACGGGGGGAAGAGCGCACUCACAGGGGGGAAGAGCGCACUCACGGGGGGAAGAGCGCACUCACGGGGGGAAGAGCGCACUCACGGGGGGAAGAGCGCACUCACGGGGGGAAGAGCGCACUCACGGGGGGAAGAGCGCACUCACGGGGGGAAGAGCGCACUCACGGGGGGAAGAGCGCACUCACGGGGGGAAGAGCGCACUCACAGGGGGAAGAGCGCACUCACGGGGGGAAGAGCGCACUCACGGGGGGAAGAGCGCACUCACGGGGGGAAGAGCGCACUCACGGGGGGAAGAGCGCACUCACGGGGGGAAGAGCGCACCCACGGGAGGAAGAGCGCACUCACGGGGGGAAGAGCGCACUCACGGGGGGAAGAGCGCACUCACGGGGGGAAGAGCGCACUCACGGGGGGAAGAGCGCACUCACGGGGGGAAGAGCGCACUCACGGGGGGAAGAGCGCACUCACGGGGGGAAGAGCGCACUCACGGGUUGAAGAGCGCACUCACGGGGGGAAGGGGGGAAGAAGAGAGCACACACGGCGGGGGAAGAGUGUACUCAAGCGUGGAUGGCGCAAAAGAAUCCAGAAACUGA